UGUAAAGGAUGUGAAAUGGCUAGCUAGUUAGCGGGUACGCGCUAGUAGCGUUUCAAUCAGUUACGUCACUUGCUCUGAAACCUAGAUGUAGUGUUGCCCCUUGCUCUGCAAGGACCGCGGCCUUUGUGGAGCGAUGGGUAACGAUGCUUCGUGGGCGACCGUUGUUGAUGUGUGCAGAAGGUCCCUGGUUCGCGCCCGUGUCGGGGCGAGGGGACGUACUAAAGUAAUACUGUUACAUUGGUGCCGUGACCCGGAUCACUGGUUGCUGCGGAAAAGGAGGAGGUUGAAAGGGGGGUGUGUGUAAAGGAUGUGAAAUGGCUAGCUAGUUAGCGGGUACGCGCUAGUAGCGUUUCAAUCAGUUACGUCACUUGCUCUGAAACCUAGAUGUAGUGUUGCCCCUUGCUCUGCAAGGGCCGCGGCUUUUGUGGAGCGAUGGGUAACGACGCUUCGUGGGUGACUGUUGUUGAUGUGUGCAGAGGGUCCCUGGUUUGCGCCCGGGUAUGGGCGAGGGGACGUACUAAAGUUAUACUGUUACACUAGAAGAGAUUGGUUGUCAUCUGAGUGAGUUACUGUAGGUACCCAUAUAUUCAUUUCCCCUCUCCUAUUGUUACAGGCUAUAGAGGGAAGUGGACAUGUGUUUCAUGAUUGGAAGAAGGCUUUUGAUAUAAUCCGGAAUAAAAGUAGCCUACAUAAAUUAGAGUACCAGUAAAUAACACCACAUGAGAGGUUAUGUUACAGAUUUCAACAUUGCACCUAAUAUUAUUUGAUUUGUGUUGCAGCAGGGUUGUAGUUAGUGUUGUCAGUAUCUAUCGCCCUGACUGGUACCACUUUUAAUUGGGUUUCCAAAAAGCCUAUUAAACCCUCUAUGCCAGGGUUGUAAAAGUAUUUAUGUAUGGGAAAACAGAGUGGGAAAUGGAGAGGUAUUUUUGUUUUGCCAUCAGGGCCCUUCUUAUUAUCCUAAUGCAUUUCUAAAGUUACUCCAUAGUGCAGACAGGCUGGUACAUGCCAUUCAAACAGGUGAGUGUAUUCUCUAUCCUGCAUGCAAACCUCACUUAAAAAGAAGUAGAGGAUCCUAGACUGACAAUAUAUAUAUAUAAUCCUUUGAUCAUUCUGACUCAGGGAGGACAGUUACAAGUGGGUGGAAAUUUAAGUGGAUGAAUCAAUCCACCACAUAAUUUAGACAUUCGAGAAGGGAUAGCCUUGAAAUUAAAGACAUAUGUAGAUGCCUUGGGUGGGAUUUUGCCUGCACAGUAAAAAACUACUACAUCAACCUGAAAGCAAGUUGGUUCAUUGUUUACACCAAAUUUAAUGGGCGCGUAACGGGUGCCUAAUUACGCUUUUACACAUGAUGACUCUUGUCUCAGCUUCAUUAAAGGGGAACUGUGGUUUGCAGAAUUGCAUGUCGUCUGUAGACAUCGCUGAAUUUGAGGCGUGGCUAGCCUACUCUGUAAUAUUUUUUUUCUCGUUACUUCAAAUGCCAUGUGUUGAACGGAACUAGUGAGUCUCCAAAGUGAUUCUCCAAUACCGCCGCGCAACAGAUACUUGGAGGAGUGUAGUAUAUUUUCAAAGGACUGGCAAAUAAUGCAAAGUUUCAAGAGGGAUGGCUGUUUUCGCAAACCAUACUUUUGGAAUAUUCUUGGAAUACAGCAAAAAUACUAUCUCUUUUGGACCCACUAGAACAGUCUGCCUUAUGACACUUUUAUUUCUGACAGACCUAAUGUUCUGAAAUAUUUUCUGAGAUGAUUCAGUACUACAUUGUAUUUGAGAUAUUUAUAGCUAUUUUAUCCAUCUCUGGCAAUGUAUUGGUUUGCUGGGCUGUCGCCAUCAACACCACUCUGAAAACCACUACGAACUACUUUUUGGUGUCUUUGGCUGUGGCAGAUAUUUUGGUGGGUUGCCUUGCCAUCCCCUUUGCCAUAACCAUAAGCAUCGGUAUAUUUUUGGACUUCUAUGGAUGUCUUUUCCUGGCCUGUUUUGUUUUGGUACUGACUCAAAGCUCAAUUUUUAGCCUCCUUGCAGUUGCAAUUGAUAGAUAUUUGGCCGUCAAAAUACCCCUCAGGUACAAGGAGCUGGUGACGGGUACGAGGGCCAGACGAAUCAUCGCCAUCUUAUGGAUUCUGUCUUUCGUCAUCGGCCUCAUCCCAUUCCUGGGUUGGAACCUGAAGGUGACUUCCUGCCGUCAGAAUGUCUCCAGCAGCCUGACGAAUGGCAAGUCUUUGGGGGACAAUGCCAGUACCACCAUCCCCCCCCUGGUGGACGAUCUGGGCAGUGCAGGGGACUUCCUGGGCAGCUGCAAGCUUACCUGCCUGUUUGAGAGUGUGGUGGACAUGCACUACAUGGUCUACUUCAACUUCUUCGGCUGCGUCCUGCCUCCUCUGUUUAUCAUGCUAGGCAUCUAUGUGAAGAUCUUCACCGUGGCCCGCAAGCAGAUGCACCAGAUUGAACUCAAGUGCUCAGUGAGCAGCAAUGGGGACAGCCACCAUCACGGGCUCCUGCAACGCGAGAUCCGUGCCGCCAAGUCUCUGUCCAUCAUUGUGGGGCUGUUUGCCCUAUGCUGGCUGCCCGUGCACAUCCUCAACUGCCUGACCCUGUUCUACAAGGACCUGUGCAAGCCGGCCCCCGUCAUGUACAUAGCCAUCAUGCUGUCACAUGCCAACUCAGCCGUCAACCCCGUUAUCUAUGCCUACCGCAUCCAGGACUUCAGGAACACCUUCCGAAAGAUCCUGACGCGUCACGUCCUAUGUCAGAAGGAGGAGCCUUACCUCCACUCCUCCAAUGGGAGCAGGCGGAACAGAGACCAGAUCCACAUGACCAUUGACCCUUUACUCUGAGGGGUGGGGCUACAGGGGGCAUGACCCUUUACUGUAAGAGCAGACACCAGUGUUCGUGAGGCGACUAGCCCCGCCUACAUAACUUUACUUCAAGGGUGGGGCCACAGGCCGGGGGUAUGACUCAUGGAGAGCCCCAACCCCCCCAUGUUAUUGUUGUAUUGUAUUCUUCAAUGACAUUUUAAGUGAGAUUAUAAAUGUUUACAGAACAAAGAGAGUGGGUAUGAUGAAAUGUGAAACUGAAUAGAUUAUCUGCCUUGAAUGGCGAGCAUUGCUUAUGAGUUAAGAUGAGUAUCAUGGGCCAGGUUAUGGAAAGGUAGCCUGGUCCCAGAUCUGUUUGUGCUGUCUUGCCCACUCCUAUGGUCAUUGUCAUGGCCAUAGGAGUUGGCAAGACACCGCAAACACAUCUGGGACCAGGCUAGUGAAAAGCAGGCAAGAGUCUUAUUUACUUUAAAGCUGGAAUCCGUAUUAGGUGAAACUGCCACGUCCUUUUGCAAUUUACAACAAACAACGAACAGAGUUUUUUCCCCUCUGAUAUAAUUUCACAUGCAUUAGAACAGCCACUCUGCUGGAUGCUUCUCUCCUCUGUUUCAUCAAUUUAACAAAAACAAUAACAAAUCCACUGGGGUGAACAAUGGCACAGUUCACCUUAUGAUUUCAACGGUUAAGGAUUUUAUUUUUAUUUUGUCAAAGCUAACUGGAUUUGCAGGACUGUGAAAUGAAUCCAUUACUACAAGAUAACACAUCAUUUACCAUUCCUACACAUUAACCAUAACUCAAAACAUUGCUUUUUCUAUGCCUUAACUUUUCAAAAUAAUAUACAUCAAUUGUUCAACUUUUUUUACACAUUUUUGGUAUUUUAUUUAUUGUCAUGUAGCAAAUUUAUUUUUACCUGGCUGAGGUGUGUACUGUGUUGUUCAUCAUGGGCUACAUCGCACUUGCUCAGUACAGGUCUUGUGUAAAAAAACAGACAUAGGAAAGUCUGCCCAGUGGAACAAUUUACGACUGCAACAACACCAAAAUCUCCAGUGAGAGGGCAUAACACACACAGCUCGGAGUGGAAAAGUAUUUUUACACAUAAUAUAAACUUGUGGGGUGUUAUUGUGCUCUGCUUGAAUUUAGCAAAUGUCAUGGCUUCUUUAGUGUCAUGGAGAAAGCUCAGGAAUAUACAGAAUGUGGUGAGGAAGACUGACUGAGUUGUGAAAAGAUACAUCUGAAAUUCACAGACACAGAGGAUAUUUAGUUGAGACCUCUGGCAAAAGAAGUAUAUAUAAAUCAUCACUCACAAAUACAGUUAAAGUCAUAAGUUUACAUACACUUAGGUUGGAGUCAUUAUAUCUCGUUUUUCAACCACUCCACAAAUGUCUUGAUAACAAACUAUAGUUUUGACAAGUCAGUUAGGACAUCUACUUUGUGCAUGACACAAGCAAUUUUUCCAACAAUUGUUUACAGACAGAUUAUUUCACUUAUAAUUCACUGUAUCACAAUUCCAGUAUGUCAGAAGUUUACAUACACUAAGUUGACUGUGCCUUUAAACAGCUUGGGAAAUUCCAGAAAAUGAUGUCAUGGUUUUAGAAGCGUCUGACAGACUAAUUUGACAUCAUUUGAGUCAACUGGAGGUGUACCUGUGGAUGUAUUUCAAGGCCUACCUUCAAACUCAGUGGCUCUUUGAUUGACAUCAUGCGAAAAUCAAAAGAAAUCCGCCAAGACCUAAGAAAAAGAAUUGUGGACCUCCACAAGUCUGGUUCAUCCUUGGUAGCAAUUUCCAAACGCCUGAAGGUACCAUGUUCAUCUGUACAAACAAUAGUACGCAAGUAUAAACACCAUGGGACCACACAGCCGUCAUACCGCUCAGGAAGGAGACGCGUUCUGUCUCCUAGAGAUGAACGUACUUUGGUGCGAAAAGUGCAAAUCAAUUCCAGAACAACAGCAAAGGACCUUGUGAAGAUGCUGUAGGAAACAGGUACAAAAGUAUCUAUAUCCACAGUAAAAUGAGUCCUAUAUCGACAUAACCUGAAAGGCCGCUCAGCAAGGAAGAAGUCACUGCUCCAAAACCGCCAUAAAAAAGCCAGACUACGGUUUGCAACUGCACAUGGGAACAAAGAUGGUACUUUUUGGAGAAAUGUCCUCUGGUCUGAUGAAACAUAAAUAGAACUGUUAGGCCAUAAUUGUAACAGUCCUGACCUAUUUAUGUUAGUUUUUAUGUGUUUAUGGUCAGGGCAUGUGUUUUGGGUGGGCAGUCUAUGUUAUCUGUUUCUAUGUUGGUUUCGGUUUGCCUGGUAUGGCUCUUGAUUAGAGGCAGGUGUUUUGCAUUUUCCUCUAAUCAAGAGUCAUAUUUAGGUAGGGCAUUCUCACUGUUUGUUGGUGGGUGAUUGUCUCCUGUGAUGUCUUCGUUAUGUUAGAUGUAUUCACUUUUGGAGCUGUUUGGCUGUUCGUAUGUUUCGAUGUCCGUUCCUGUUCGUGAGUUUACGUUUGUCCAUGUAAGUUUAUGUUCAGGUUGCGUGUACGUCGUUUUCUUAUUUUGUAGUUUGUUAAAGUGUUUUGUUUCGUGUCAUCAGUUUUCGUUAUAAAUAAAGAUGGCAUAUUUCCCUGA